CAAUAAAAUAAUCUUUUCAUGUUAAGAAGAGCUCCUACUUCUGUCUCUUUAACACCUAUGGAUGUUGAUAUUUUUAAAACAAUUAUCAAGCAACAACAACACCACCAAAAAGUACAAGAAGAACGUGACGAUAUUUUUAUGGGACGUGCUUUGUUUGGCGAUCGAAAGCGAACGCGAUUAGAAGCGAGAUUAGAAAUCCCUUCUUCCUUAGAAGAUAACAGAGGCUAUUUAUAG